AACAGGGAGGACUGUUAGGAAACUGUGGUGAUGAUGACGAGGUUCACGAGCUACAGAUUUCAUGGGCGUGCACAAAAACUGAAGCAAAACGGGAUCCGUGUGAUGAAGAAGACCGGGAAAAUGUGAUCGUGUGAGUGGGAAAUUUUCAACGCAGGAUUUCAUAAGGGGAGGAAAGCAGUGUGUGCAGUAGAGAUAAGAACACCAACUCACAGUGUGUUUUCAAUCAUCUGCCACCAUUCAAGGGACGUCAUGGACAAUCCCCGCAUCAUUCAAGGGCUCCUAUUUCUCUGCUCCCUCAACGUUGCUGCUUGGGCAUGUCCGGUUGGAUGUGAAUGUAAGGGAGACGAAAUGCUAUGCAUUGGCCUCUCAAGUGUUCCUCCUCUGUCUUCAUCCACAACUGCCCUCUACUUCUCCAGCUUCAACAUUGCCUAUUUGAAAGCAGAGGACCUUACUUCCCUAACUAAUGUAAUAACGUUUGCUAUCGACAACACGACUUUGAGGGAGGUUCAACCUGGCACGUUUGAUUCCCCUGUGAACUUAAAAGCCUUGGCAGUUACUGGAACUGAAUUGCAAGAUCUACCUGAGGCCUUAUUCCAAAAUCUUCAUUUGCUUGAGACUCUGAACCUAAACAGAAACAAGCUUGGGUUACUUCAUCCAAAAUGGUUCUCCACAAUCAAAGUUCUAUCUCACCUUGAUCUCUCUCAGAAUCAACUAAGCUCAUUACCCGUGGAAGCUUUUCAACCGCUUACUAAGCUGGAGUACUUGAUGCUCUCAAGAAAUUCCAUCAGUCAGUUGUUUAGUGAGACUUUCAAAGGGCUAUCAAAGCUAAAAUAUCUUCGACUAAAUAAAAAUUUGCUCAGGGCAAUCCCCAGUGGAUGUUUCGAUGAUCUCCAAAAUGUAGAGGAACUAUCCCUACAGGACAAUAUGGUUACUCAUCUCCAACAUGACUUGUUCUCAAAGACUACAAAACUCACAAAGCUGUUCCUCUCAAACAACCAACUGAGGACUCUUCCACAAGGACUCUUGUUGCACCUUCCCAAUCUAGCCCAGAUUUCCUUGUAUGAAAACCAGCUGGAAAAUUUGCAUCCAGGGGUUUUUGGUCCCAUGCCCCUGGAAGAGUUAUGGCUGUAUGACAACAAACUGGGACGUAUAGAGGAUUACACCUUUAAAAAUCUCACUCGGCUACGUCUCCUGGUGCUUAGUCGCAACAGGAUAAGCUAUGUAUCUCCCGGAGCCUUUCAAGGGUUGGAACAGAUAGGUGAAAUAUCACUUCACACCAACCUGCUGGAAACAUUACAAGCUGGGACAUUCCAAGGUCUUCCCGGCCUGGUAAAUAUUUCUCUGGAGCACAAUUCUAUCAGUUAUCUGCCUGCUGGAUUUCUCGAAGGCCUGAGUCACUUGGGACAGAUUGACCUGAGAAAUAACACUCUUGCAAACCUGCCUCAGCAAGAUCUUGACGCGCUUUCUGUGGCAGAGGAGGUGCUUCUUCAGCAGAACCCUUGGAGGUGUGAUGAGGAUAUUCUGCCUCUUCGCACCUGGAUGAGAAAGCAUCCUUUAAAGGUCAACCAAAGCCUUGUGGUGUGUGAUACUCCACUAAAUCUGAGUGGGGAGAUAAUUGCUUUGCUGAGAGAAGAAGACUUGGGGGAGCAGAGUUCUACACAACAGACACCGCUGAUCUCAACGGGGAACAGGAGGAAACCAAACAUCCCGCCAGUGAAAAGUACUUCUUCACCUGCUGUGAUGACAACAUCGUCCUCAGAGUAUGAAGUGACGAGAAACGGACAGGGGGAGGAGGGACACGUUCCGAACUAUACUUCCAUCAUCCUCAUUGUCAUCGCUGUUGUUGCCACAAUCAUCAUAAGUGCCACCAUUAUUGGCUGUCUAUACUGGAGAAGGAACAAGAGAGGACAGGGACAUAUAGGCCAUAGGAGCAGGAACUCAGUGCUGUAAAUCAAACUGCUUUACAUUGGCUCGAUAUACACUGCAGUUUCAAGUCAGCUAUUCUGAUUUAGAGCCUAUAUGUGACUUAAUGUAUACAGUAUAGUAUGUAUAUGUACAUGUUUGCAUAUACCAGUGAUGAUUGCUCUUAGACUGCAAGACUCCCCUAUAAUGAAAAAAAAAUUCGACUGCUCUGUGUACACUUCAGUGAGUAAAUAUGUGAUAGAAUACCUUCAUCUUUUUUUAAGAAUCAACUACCUGUCACAGGCAACUGACACGACUUCUUUUUCAUUUAUGCCGGCAAUUCCACAGCACAGUCGAACGCUCAAAAUCUUGGAUUUAAUGCACAAGCGUAGAGUGGAUUGUUCCACUGCAUGAGUCUGGACAUGCUGAGCUUUUUCCCAACUACUUGUCGCUCAGCUUCAGUAAUGGACAGCAGCUGUGUCCCAAUUCAGGGUUUCUCUGUUGAAGGACCCUGCUGGACACGGUAGACAGGAUCCUCUUCUUUGGUAACCAAAUGGGACGGUCUAGCCUUUGUUGUAAUUCCUGGUUGCACCAUGUAAGAAUGAAGUGCAUUUUUUUUAUAUCAAAUACAAAACAAUAAAUUAAUAUAAAUUUAUGAAGCAACAACAUAACCAUUUUUAUUGUGUCACUGUCAAGCGAACCAUUACUCAGCACAAACAGUCACGUUUUAACUGAAUAUUGGGUAUUUGGUUUGAUAUUUGGCGUUGGAUCUUCAAAUGUCAGUAAAAGCCCUACAGCAGGGGUGUCCAAACUUUUUGCAAAGGGGGCCAGAUUUGGUGCGGUAAAAAUUGUGGGGGGCCGACCUUGGCUGACGUCCUUUACGUAGAACAAUAUAUUUAAGCAAAUUUUAGCAAACCAUUCAAUGUGUCACAUUUGCUUUAUUAUUUUUUUUAAUUGAAUAAUUUCAACAAUCUUACAACUAGCCUUUGUGGAGUUCUCUUUCGACUCUCGGGCUCUUGCGAAAUACUGCUGCUGUGAUAUUAAACUAGCUUCAAGUUGCUUCAAUUUCUCGCUGCGAAUCUUCCCUGUAAUCUUGCCGUACAUGUCAGCGUGUCUUGUUUGGUAAUAUCGACUAACAUUGAACUCUUUAAAAACAGCGACUGUCUCUUUGCAAAUGAGGCAGACACAGUUGUUACGUAUUUUAGUGAAGAAAUAGUCAAAUUUCCACCUAUCCUUGAAGUGUCGGCCUUCAAAGUCAACUUUCUUUUUUUUUGUUGAUUGUCGCCAUUUUAGAAAAUGGAAGUAAUGGGUCACACGAGGUAAUGGUGCUUAGUCCUUCAAUACCUGCAACAUGAAGCAAUUAUCAGAGAAUCCCAAAAUUUGAAGAAGACGGUCCUAAUGAAACCAUUUUUUCAAAUUUGUAAAAAGAAAAGUCAAAAUGAAUGUGUAAUAAGCGCUCUAAUAUCUAUAACCCAUGCUAAAU